ACAGAUGCUUUUACUACGAAUAUCAACAUGCAUUAUUUGCACCACAGUAGGGACACCAACUUGUGACUUGCUAACGUUCAACAUUACUCAAAAUGUUGUAAUGCUCAACUACGUAGACAAAACUGCUGGAAGUGAUCACUGCGAGAGCACGCCAACUUCGUUAUUCCCACACCGCCUGACAUGGUCGGGAAGUAAGCAUCCUGAAUUCCCAAUAGACAGGAAACAUGCACAGCACAUAAUCACAUCCACAAGGGUCAACACAUCUUAUAAUGGGUGAAUUUGUACAGGAGUUCACAGAAGUAAAGGACUGGAGAGAGCGAAAGAGAGAGAUAUUAAUCACCUUUCAGAAAAACUAUAUUAAACCCAAGCAUUGACACCCACGUGGAAAUAAAACCAUUAGGUAAGAAUACAUCAGUUAAAAAACAAACACGAAACUACCAACGCCGAAUUCAUUCGUACACGUGAUGACUAAUGUCACCACCGAUAGCAAUGUGGGUGGGGCCUGGAUGUGUUCCAUCCACUAGCAACCAUUUACAGGAAAACCAAUCAGAGUGAGUGAGAUAGAGAGAAAUUUCGCAACAGUGCAAUACCAAUCUUCCUUUAAAAGGCACCACAUCUGUCAGCGGAUACGACACAUUACAACAACUUCAAUUUCAUUCGGAAGAGCAAACAUGAGAAUCGGCAAUAUAGUGAUCUGCGCCGCAGUGCUCUUAACGGCCAUCAUGAAAGCAACUGAAAGUUUAAGCUGUGCAGCAUGUGAAGAAGGUGUUGGCUACGUGGCAGCGGAUAGAUUUCUGAGGUGCAAAGAGCCUGAAAACUGUACAGUCGGUACGGUACCCGAUGUGUGUAACUGCUGUCAGGUGUGCGCAAAGGAUAAAGGCGAGCGAUGUGGCGGAUCCUGGUGGCUGAUGGGACGAUGUGGAAUUGGUCUUCAGUGUAUGCCCCUAACAGAGGAGGUUCUAGAAAGCGAAAAACGACCUGUGAAGAUAGUAGGCAAAGGACGUCGUGGAACAUGCAAACCAAUGGAAGAUGUCCCUCCAGUGUAAACCAUUCACAUUACAGGACAGAAACCUAUUGACACACGCGUGACAAUACACAUAACCGUUAAAUAGAUACAUAUAUAUAUUUCAUGAGAUGUUUAUAGUUUUUUGUACAUAACAGUCAAAUAAACAUGU